AUGUUCUCUCAAGCUCUUACUGCUCGCACUGAUAGGAUCGCUCGUCAUUUCGAGACGGUCUUCCUUUUUACAAAAAAUGAUAUCAGAACCACUCUGAUACCUGUCACUAUAUUCGCAUUAUCUGCGACUCCCAAAUAUGACCCCGUCCAUGCUUGGAAUGCUCCCCUGUGGAUAUGGUUCCAUUUAUUGCAAUUCAACAUUGCAAACCAGAUCCAGGAUCCGGAGGAGGACCGCAAGAAUAAGCCCUCCCGUCCGAUACCUGCUGGUCGCAUUUCUGUCGACAGCGCAGCUGACAUGCGCUGGGUUAUGGUCCCAGUCUGCUUGUUGCUAUCGUUGUGGUACGGCACUCAGGCUGUGCUGGCCAGCACCGUUUUUGCAGCCUUGUCGAUCUGGUAUAACGAACUUGGCGGUGAUAAAAUGGGACUGUCGAAGAAUGUACUCACAGCUAUCCUCUACGGGUGCCUGGAGGUCGGGGGAACCGUCGCUGGUUCUCCCGACUCAUGCAUCGAUAUGGCUGGUGCUUUGGCGGCCGCACUUAGCUCGACAAUCUAUGCAACUACGCUUCAUGCACAAGACUUUAAGGAUGAAGAGGGCGAUCGCCUUACUGGCAGGCGCACGCUGCCCACAAUGUUCCCUAAAGCCGCACGCUUUUCAAUGAUGUUCGGUCUUCCGCUCUGGGCAUAUGCCUUGAGCCGUAUCUGGAAGACAGAUGCGCUCUCUACCACUGCAUUUGUAUUUUACAGUGCAUUUGUGGGAACCCGAUUCGUUAUGUACAAGACGGUGGGCGACGACAAGCAGUCCUGCAAAUUUUAUAGUUUGUGGCACUCGCUCGGUCAUCUACUUCCAGGUUACUGGCGGUUCUUCUAUGGUGUUUGAGUAUCCGGAGCUGACAAUCGCAUUUAAAGUUAAGGGCAAAAGGGAGCGAACAGGAGGGGGUGGACACAAGUGAUAUUCGGAAGAAAUGUGUGUUUAUUCGUGUUAAAUUACGUAGAUGUAGAUAAUUUUCAUCUCAAUAAUGAUAUUUAUAUGAACAA